AUGGGAGAUGCUGAGGCAGGCAAGAAAAUCUUUGUCCAAAAAUGUGCUCAGUGUCACACAGUGGAAAAGGGUGGAAAACAUAAGACAGGCCCAAAUCUCUGGGGUCUCAUCGGUCGAAAAACAGGAAAAGCACCUGGAUAUUCUUAUUCUGAAGCAAAUCAAAACAAAGGUAUUACCUGGAGUGAAACCACUCUGAUGGAAUAUUUGGAAAACCCUAAAAAAUAUAUCCCUGGAACGAAAAUGAUUUUUGCUGGCCUCAAAAAGAAGAGUGAGAGAGAAGCUCUUAUUGCAUAUUUGAAAAAAGCAACAAAAUAA